CAAAAACCCUAAAGUCUCGAUUUUCUCAGAAAUUUCCUCUCACGCUCAUGGCCGCCGCCAUCGCUCGUGGUGGAGGUGGAAGUGGAGGAGGUGGUUCCCGUGGCGGAGGAGGGUUUGUACCCCACAGCGGAGCAGGCGCAGGCGCAGGAGCAGGUGAAGAAUCUUCCUCUCAGGAGCACGGGAGGAAUGGUUCAAGUUCAAGCAUGGCUGGUGGAUGCAAGAGUUUGCUACUGUCUCUAAUACUUGCCAUCUUUGUCACAAGCAUACUCUCAAACUCUAGGGUAUGCCCCUCUAACAUAUCAGGAUUCCAACCUGGAGAAGUAUUCAUGAUACGUAACAUCGCCAAUCUUGUACCUGUGAUGAAGAAUGGAUCAUUAGAGUGUAAUGUUGCUCUUGAGUUUGCAGUAACUACUCUUGAGGUGAAUAAGGUGCUUCAGUUGGGCUGGUCUGCUUCAAAUUUUUAUUUUGGGGUCAGAUGUUAAUUCUUCAGGUAUUAUCUUUGUAACAUGCCAUAAAUUUAUAAUGCAUGUUUUUGCAAUUUACUUCCUCAUUGAUUAAUGCUUUGAUUUAAGCUUGAAUGUGCUUGUAAAUUGAGGAUUCAUUUACUGAAUAGCUACUUAUUGGUUGUUUAUUGUGUUUGUGUUAGAAACAUGGAUGUGCCUGAAAAUAAGAAAUUGAUGGAUAAUAGAUUAUACUGUG